AUGUCUAACGUUUUUGGUCAGUUCGGUCCCGAAGAUUACUCUUUUCCGACGACUAGAGACGAUCUUAAAGAAUACUGUCGUGAUGUCAAGGAUGCGAAAGACUUGAGCAUAAAAUAUAGCGACGACUGUCUGGAGGGCACAUCACAGACACUAUUAUCUUUGGCUAAUUACAACUUCGACAAAGUAAACAAACAGUAUUGUAGCAAAAAUGGCAAAAAGAAAAAUGAUUUYCUCAGUUGGGGAAAGUGUGGUAAUGUGGCUCAGCCUAAAUUGAGAACCUGUUGGAGUAAAAUGAUUAAUGUAUUGGCCGUUACCAACAAAGUCAGAAAUGAAAAAAGCAAAGUACCCAUCAUUUGCUGUAAUUAUUAUGAAUGGGUUCGCUGUACAGUCAAUUCACUUAAAGAGAAAGGUCUGUCUGUUUGUUCAAAUGAUGCCAUCAAUGGCUUUGAGUCUCACAUAAGGAAAUCAUCGGUUGACUCAAUGAAUCUWAUUUGCAGCAAAUAUGAAGACGACUCCACAAAAUGCAGUUCUUUGAUGAAGGAAUUGCCGGACAGUAAACCCAAAAAACUAUAUAAAACUCCUUAUUUGUAUAUUUUUGAAAUUUUUAAA